GUCAUCACUGGGAGAACGUUCCCGGAUGAAUGUAAGGAAGCGCGAUGCACAGCUGCAGAAAUAAACACAGCGGUUAAAUAAAUGUGUGUUUAACGUGGUGUGUUGGAUAAAUCUCACCGGGAGCUACAAAUCUGUGCUCUUUGUGUGUGAGUUUGUGUAUGUGUGUUACUUAUGAACGAGGGACAGUGGUUAAGUGUCUCAGACCUGCAGAACGGAGUCGGUUCCACCAGAGUUUCAGACCAGAACCAGAACAGAACGUUUCGAAUGCUGGAGGAGGAGGAGGAGGAGGUGCAGGGAGGACAUGCCCAUCUCCAUCACAAUCUCCACCAUGACUUCACAAACAACAACGGAGCAGGAGAAGCAGAGGAAGAAGAUGGAGGUUCCAAAAUGGAGGAAGAGGACGAGGAAAUGGAGAGUACCAGUGGAGCCUGUUCUCCUGAACUGAUACGAGAUUCUUCAUCACUGAGCUGCAGUCCCUCAGUGUGUGACGGUCCUCUGAGUCCUGAGGAAAUCCCAGUUGGUGUUUUCUCUCCUCCUGAUCUUAGUCGCUGCAUCUCUGAGUCUCUGCGUGUGUUAGAGGACAGAGGAGACGACACUGCACUGCCACUCCGCCUCCAUCAGAUAGCUGAGUGUCUGGUGCAGGAGGACGACUAUGAGAGAGCCCUGCACUUCCUCCAGCUGGAGAGACUGUACCAUGAGAGAGUGCUGUCUAACAUCGCCACCCUGCAGGAGACAUGGGAGAGCAGGUGGAGGUGUAGUAGGUCUGUAGAUAAGUCUCUUCUUCAUGGGGAUCUGAAUUCAGAACAUCUGGACAAACUGAAACACAUCUGUAUGACUCACAGACAACCAUCAUGGAGCUCAGACACGUGUGAGCUGGUACACAGGAUCAGUGUGAACGGUGAGAGCUGUGGAGAGAACAUCACGUCAGAAUCUCCAUGCAGUGACAAGUCGGGGAUGUUGGCUCAGGACGAUGUUUCUCCCAGUGAAAGUGGCCCUACCUGUUUGGUCCAGCAGAGGCAGCCUACACAUGUGUGUGACAGCGCUUCCAUUACACACACAGUCUCUCCCCAAACCACACCCACAUCAGUAAUGGCAGAAAGCAUCAGAGAGGAAGUCAAGAAACAGAGCGAGAGAGAAGAAGAGAGUGAGGGAAAGGAAGAACAAGAGAUGGAGAGGACGUAUCAAGAGUUUGGAAAAAAAGCUGAGCCUGGAGGAAGUGGAAAGGAGGUGGAGCCUGGAGGAGGCAAGAUGGAGGUGAAGCGUGAAAGAGGUGGGAUAGAGGUGGAGCCUGUUGAAUCUGACCCAUGGAAAGAAGAGGUGAUAGAAGGAGGAGUGGGAAAAGUGUCUCACACUGAACUGGAUACAGGAGCAGAGGAAGAGGAACAGGAAGAGGAACAGGAUGAGGAAGUAAAUGAAGCUGUGGAAGCUCUGGAGCUAGAGGAGGAGCUUCAGAAGCCAGAGGAUGACAUGUUGGAUUUUCUCGCCAAACGCAUUCAGGUGGAGGAGAUCACACCUGCCUCAGGCCUCGUCUCCAUCCUGAAGAGAAGAGUGUGUGAUGGAGGAGACGACAUUUUCUCCACCAACAAACCACUGACUAAACGCAGAGUUCACUUCCACGUUCCUGAUGAUAGCCUGGAGCAAGAUGAGGUGGGUGGAGACUCCUGGCUCCUCUUGCUCCUUUUGUGCUUGGUUACCGUGGUGAUCAGUGUGGGUGGCACUGCCCUGUACUGUACAUUCAGUGAUGCCCAGUCCAAUGUGUGUACAGACUUUUCACACAAUAUUGAUUUCUACAUGGGGAAGGUGCAGCGCAGCGUAGACGACAUCACACACUUCUUCUCCUCCUCCUCUAGCUCAUAAAAUAUAUUCCUCCAUCUCUCUCUCGCUAAUAGCAGGUGUUGAUGAUGUCACAUUAUUUUCAGAGGCAGCAUUUCAUUUCAAACCUGCUUUUUAAACUUGGGUAAAUUAGCUCUAAUUGUGAGAGGGUAAGUUGUAUUUCGGCAUUUUUUUUAUCUUAGCAGUACAGAACGUGUCAUAGCAGUCCUUUUUGUUUCUUAGCAUAACACUUUUUUUUCAAUACAGUUUAUUUGUUCAUCUAUCAUUAGAUCUUGGCUAGUUAUAUAAUGACACACAGCCGUAAAGUUGGCUAAAUAAAAAUCGUUAGCUGGCUAACGUUAGCCCAGUGUUAGCUGUUAUGCUGUGUAUCUACAUUGUUAUUAUUAUCUAGCCAAAGAUGGUCAGUAGUGAUGUCAUACUAUCAAGUUUUGUGAUUGGUUAAUUGAAUUGAAGUUAAGCUCCACCCAUUUAUCACUAAACAAGUCUGAAAUAAUGAGUCUUAGCAUAUUAGUUAUAGCAACUUCAGUUUUUCACCUUGAUCACAAUGGAGAAAGUGAAAUAAUCAGGUAUAAAUUGUUAUGUGUCAGAUUUAAGUGGUUAGGAUUAAAAUGUUGUAAGGAAUAAAGCAAUAUGUAGUACAGAAUGUUUUCAUGUAAAGAACUGAUGUGGAAAGACAAUUCAGCUGCGUCCCAAAUCACAAAACAUUGUGAGUAUAAAAGUGUGAGUCAUGUGAUCACAGGAGAUGAAGAAGAAGAAGACUUUAGGAAGCCAGAUGAUGCAGUUCUUCACUCAGAUAAACCAGGUGUGAAUGAUGGACACUUAAUGCACUCGACACUCACAGCGUUGCUUAUGUAGCAGAAGUAUGGUGGGGCUAUCAGGCGCUCACACUGGAUGAGAGAACAUUUUGGACAAGACAUCAAGUCUUUCUUUCUACACUGUGAUUUACUUUUCAUCACUAACAACUGAGUGGAUCCUGAAUGUGUUAGUGCUUUGUUCAAGACAAUGUUACGCUUCUAAUAUUCACACAAUACACAAGAGAAUGCAGAGGAUUGUUUAUGAACAAUGUGUCAAACGUCAUUUGGGACGCAGCUAGCAUGUGUGUGUCUGUCUGUGUGUGUGUCUCUCUGUGUGUGUGUGUCUGUGUGUGUCUGUGUCUCUGUGUGUGUCUGUGUCUCUAUGUGUGUGUGUCUGUGUGUGGGGGGUCUGUGUGUGGG